AUGACCACAGAUCCCAUAGAUAUACUAAAGAAGUACAUAAAUGAAAACGUAUUGGCUGGCAUUAGGACAGGAGAGUGCUUAGAGGGCAAGCUCAUAGGCUUUGACGAACACCACAAUGUUUUACUAGAGCUAAACAGUGUGCCUAGAUUUGUUCGUGGUGAAGUAAUUGUUUAUAUUGGACAAAAAAAUGAAGGAAAGCAUUGA